AUGAGCUUACCAGUCAAGGAGGUUAGUCACAAGUUCUGGAGUACGCAGCCAGUUCCUCAAGAAGUCGCUAUUGGCAACGAAGGUCCGAUUGACCGCAUCAAGACGCCGGAUGAAAUUUCGGACAAGCCCUUGCGUCUUCCUACCGGUUUUUCUUGGGUUGAUAUCGAUCUCUUCAACGAAAAGGAUGCUAAGGACGUGUACACAUUGCUUCUUGAGAACUACGUUGAGGACGAUGAUGCUCAGUUCCGUUUUGCCUACAGCAUUGAUGUACUGAGAUGGGCUUUAACGCCUCCUGGCUACAUCAAGGAUUAUCAUAUUGGUGUACGCGGUACGAACAAUGGCCAUCUGUAUGGUUUCAUCACUGCCACGCCCCAGACAGUGAGCAUCCGCGGCAAGUCCGUAAGAAUGGUGGAUGUCAAUUUCCUCUGCGUUCACAAGAAAAUCCGAAGCAAGCGCCUGGCGCCCGUUCUCAUCCGCGAAGUCACGCGUCGCGUCAAUCGCCACGACGGCUGGCAAGCCAUCUACACCGCGGGAAUCAAGAUCCCCACGCCCAUCACGGAAGCCACUUACUUCCACCGAGCCCUCAACAUUAAGAAGCUCAUCGACAUCGGCUUCGCUGCUCCGCCUCGCCGCAUCACUCUCGCCAGCUACAUCAAGUUUCUCAAGGUUCCCACGGCCUUCACCGUUCCGGGCAUCCGCCCCCUCACCAACGCGGACAUCCCCGCGGUUGUGAAGCUUCUCUCCUCGUACCUCCAGCAGUUCGCGGUGCACCAGGAGUUCUCGGAAGCGGAAGCGGCGCAUUUCUUCCUCCCCCGCGAGAAUGUGGUGGGGAGCUACGUGCGCGUGGACGAGAAGAGCGGAGAGGUGACGGAUUUCUUCUCGUUCUUCCACAUCCAGUCGUCGGUGAUCGGGAAUCGGAAGUACGACGCGUUCACGGCGACGUACUGCUAUUACUACGCGAACACGUCGAUGAGCAUGCAGGAGUUGAUGCAGAAUAUGAUCAUUGCCGCGCAGAAGGAGGGCGGCGAUGUGUUCAAUGCGUUGGAGGUGAUGCGCAAUGGAGAGGUCUUCGAGGAUCUGAAGUUCGCUCGCGGAGACGGCACGCUGCACUAUUAUUUCUAUAACUGGAAGCUCAAUGCGAUCAAGCCUGCAGAGCUUGCUGUGGUUUUGCCGUGGACUGUUUGUUGGAGAAGCGUUUGGGGGAGUGGGCGUGGAGGUAGAGAGUGCUUUGCUGCGUGA